AUGAACGCGUUGACCAGGAAAUUGACUUUCAUUGCACAAGACUGUGGGUUCACGUACGAAGAACUGAAGAGUGAAGAAGAAAAGACUUCCGAGGAGCAAGAGGAACAAACUGAGUUUGGCAAGCGCCGUCAUGAGUUAAAAAAGAAAAUCACCGACGUCAAAACGAACAUUGAAAAACGCGCUGACAUGGAGAAACUUCCCGACGUUGAUAAAGUUGAAGUUGUGAAAGUAUCCACUGAGAUUCGUAAAGGGAUGAAAGAGGUAAUAGCAGGAGCCGAAGAUUUAAAAACGUAUCAUGAGAGUGAUGUCUACAAAAACAGGAAAAAAAAAGACCCAAAAAUUCGAGAGAGACUUGGCAUUGAAGAAGAAUCACUCAAAUGCAUUCAACAACAUAUCGAACAAUUACAAGCAAUGGAUAGAGAAAGAAGUGGAAUGGGUGACGUUCAGAAAGGAAUGCCUACAGUCAAUGGCCUCGAUAAAUAUAAAACAGAUGAACUGCCAGAUAUCGAAGACGACGAAAGGUUUAAACAGAUGAAAGAAAAUGAUAAAGAAAUCGACGAAAAACUCGACAAAAUCGCGGAGGGCGUCAAGGACGUCAAAAACAUCGCAAAAAAUAUCAACGAAAAAAUCGACGUUCAAAAAGAUAAGCUCGACACUUUGGAAGACAAAGUCGAUAACGCCAAUGAACGACUCGACUUAACAAAUGAAAAAAUUAAAGGGGUUCUCGCUAAGGUUAGGGGCCCCGACAAAAUGUUAUUGACAAUCAUGGGUGUCUGUCUCUUCAUCGGUGUGGGUAGUAUAAUUGCUAUGAUCUUCAUCAAGUGA